ACUGUCCCUACUGUCUCUACUGUCCCAACUGUCCCUACUGUCCCAACUGUCUCUACUGUCCCUACUGUCCCAACUGUCCAUCCUGUCCCUACUGUCUCUACUGUCCCUACUGUCCCUACUGUCACAACUGUACCUCCUGUCCCUACUGUCCCUACUAAAUACGUCCCUACUGUCCGUACUGUCCGUACUGUCCCUACUGUCUCUACUGUCCCUACUGUCCCUACUGUCUCUACUGUCCCUACUGUCCCUACUGUCCCAACUGUCCCUACUGUCCCUACUGUCCCAACUGUCCCAACUGUCUCUACUGUCCCAACUGUCUCUACUGUCCCUACUGUCCCUACUGUACCUCCUGUCCCAUCUGUACCUACUGCCCCAACUGUCUCUACUGUCCCUACUGUCCCAACUGUCUCUACUGUCCCUACUGUCCCUACUGUCCCUACUGUCUCUACUGUCCCAACUGUCUCUACUGUCCCUACUGUCCCAACUGUCUCUACUGUCCCUACUGUCCCAACUGUCUCUACUGUCUCUACUGUCCCUACUGUACCUACUGUCUCUACUGUCUCUACUGUCCCAACUGUCUCUACUGUCCCUACUGUCCCAACUGUCUCUACUGUCUCUACUGUCCCUACUGUACCUACUGUCUCUACUGUCCCUACUGUCCCAACUGUCUCUACUGUCCCUACUGUCCCUACUGUCCCUACUGUCCCUACUGUCUCUACUGUCCCAACUGUCUCUACUGUCCCUACUGUCCCUACUGUCUCUACUGUCCCUACUGUACCUACUGUCCCUACUGUCCCAACUGUCUCUACUGUCCCAACUGUCCCUACUGUCCCAACUGUCUCUACUGUCCCUACUGUCCCUACUGUCCCAACUGUCUCGACUGUCUCUACUGUCCCUACUGUCCCUACUGUCCCAACUGUCUCUACUGUCCCUACUGUCCCUACUGUCCCAACUGUCUCUACUGUCCCUACUGUCCCAACUGUCUCUACUGUCCCAACUGUCCCUACUGUCUCUACUGUCCCUACUGUCCCUACUGUCCCAACUGUCCCAACUGUCCCUACUGUCCCUCCUGUCCCUACUGUCCCAACUGUCCCUCCUGUCCCUACUGUCCCUACUGUCCCUACUGUCUCUACUGUCCCUACUGUCUCUACUGUCUCUACUGUCCCUACUGUCCCUACUGUCCCAACUGUCUCUACUGUCCCUCCUGUCCCUACUGUCCCUACUGUCCCUACUGUCUCUACUGUCCCUACUGUCCCUACUGUCCGAACUGUCCCUACUGUCUCUACUGUCCCAACUGUCCCUACUGUCCCUACUGCCCCAAUUGUCCCUACUGUCCCAACUGUCCCAACUGUCCCUACUGUCCCAACUGUCCCUACUGUCCCAACUGUCCCAACUGUCCCCACUGCCCCAAUUGUCCCUACUGUCCCAACUGUCUCUACUGUCCCAACUGUCCCUACUGUCCCAACUGUCCCUACUGUCCCUACUGUCCCAACUGUCCCUACUGUCCCUCCUUUCCGAAAUGUCCCAACUGUCUCUACUGUCCCUACUGUCCCAACUGCCCCAACUGUCCCUACUGUCCCUACUGUCCCAACUGUCCCUACUGUCCCUCCUUUCCGAAAUAUAGGGAGCACUGUCAGAUGUCAGUAUGUUGGCUAUGACUCCAAAAACAAGCGCCUUAUCUAUGGUAAGAAGAACAACAUUGCCAUCGGCUAUCUCACUGGGCAAGACUUGACACCGGAGUAUCUUCGCAUAGGAGGCACAGGAGUGACUUCAAUGUUUGCGAUGGACACAAAUGAAGACCGAUUGUUCUUAAUUGGGACCAUCACCAUCAAGGAUGGGGGAAGGUGCCCAGUGUGUAUCUACAGCCUUAGUACUGUGGAGAGAAGUGACCCAUUGUUCAUAAAGGAUGUUCACCGGGAUAUUCCAGUCAGUGGAACAAGAAUGGCUAUUGAUAUCAAGACCAAGACACUGUACAUGGUGACGGAACAGGUAGAGAGCACUGGCUUUCAGUACAAGAGAUAUAUAUCUGGUGUCUCCUACUCAGGACAGGAGAAGAAAAGGACCCCUAUCAACACAGGGAAAACGUAUGGUCUGGUCUUUGAUAGUAAAGUACUGUUGCCUGCUGUACGUGCAGUACUGUUGCCUGGUGUACUUUCAGUACUGUUGCCUGCUGUACGUGCAGUACUGUUGCCUGAAAUAAAAUGA